UCGAAAUAUUGUCCGAAAAUCCCUGAGGAGGGUUGACCCAGCUGCCCAUCUCCUCCUCGUGUCUCCAAUGGCGAGUGUACUGCGUGUGGUUGCCAGCAGCUGCUCCAGCCCUCUCUUUCAUGGCUUGGCCUCGGUCCGGACCGCAAACGUGCCAUGUGUGCGUUACUUCAGGAUCCACCAGGCUCUCUCACGCUCUGCCAGCUUAGGGAUUCCUUACAAACAGCUGACAGUCGGUGUUCCUAAGGAGAUCUUUGAGAAUGAGCUCCGGGUGGCGCUCUCUCCCGCAGGGGUCGAUGCUCUCAUCAAGCAGGGCUUCAACGUGGUGGUGGAGUCAGGUGCCGGAGAGGCUGCCAAGUUUCCUGAUGAGCUCUAUUUCAAAGCUGGAGCUACUGUGAAAGGAGUCGAGGAUGUGCUGUCCUCUGACAUUGUGGUUAAGGUUCGUGCCCCAAUGCUGAACCCAGUUCUAGGUGUACAUGAGACAGACCUAAUGAAGGAGGGUGCCACACUGGUGAGCUUUAUCUACCCAGCUCAGAACGCAGAGCUGAUGGACCGCUUGGCCAAGCGCAAGGCCACAGUGCUGGCUAUGGACCAGGUACCUCGUGUCACCAUCGCUCAGGGCUAUGAUGCCCUCAGCUCCAUGGCCAACAUCGCUGGAUAUAAAGCCGUGGUCCUGGCAGCAAACAACUUCGGCCGUUUCUUCACCGGUCAGAUCACCGCUGCAGGAAAAGUCCCACCCGCUAAGGUGCUCAUCAUUGGAGGUGGCGUGGCCGGACUGGCUGCCGCAGGAUCUGCCCGGGCAAUGGGUGCCAUCGUCAGGGGCUUUGACACAAGAGCCGCAGCCUUGGAGCAGUUUAAGUCACUGGGAGCCGAGCCGCUGGAGGUGGACCUGAAGGAGUCUGGAGAAGGGCAGGGCGGUUAUGCUAAAGAGAUGUCCAAGGAGUUUAUUGAAGCUGAGAUGAAGCUGUUUGCCAAACAGUGCUUGGACAUCGACAUCCUCAUCAGCACUGCUCUUAUCCCGGGUCGUAAGGCUCCAGUGCUCAUCACAAAGGAGAUGGUGGAGACCAUGAAGGACGGUUCAGUGGUAGUGGAUCUGGCUGCUGAGGCAGGGGGCAACAUCGAGACCACGGUUCCUGGAUCGCUAACGGUUUACAAAGGUGUGACCCAUAUCGGUUUCACAGAUCUUCCCAGUCGCCUUCCAACUCAGUCCAGCACCUUGUAUUCCAAUAACAUCACGAAGCUCAUCCGUGCAAUCAGCCCAGACAAGGAGAACUUCCACUUCGAUGUGAAGGAUGUUUUUGACUACGGCACAAUGGACCAUGUCAUCCGGGGUUCAAUUGUCAUGCAGAAUGGAAAAGUGCUUUUCCCUGCACCGCAGCCCAACAACAUCCCCGUGGCAGCGCCUCCCAAACCCAAAACCGUGCAGGAGCUGGCGAAGGAGAAGGCUGCUGCUGUCUCACCCUUUACAGCCACGCUUACUACCGCCAGCACCUACACUGGAGGGCUUGCCACAUUGCUCGGACUCGGCCUCUUUGCUCCCAACGCGGCUUUCUCUCAGAUGGUGACUACCUUCGGCCUGGCAGGAAUUGUGGGAUAUCAUACCGUGUGGGGGGUCACGCGCCUCCAUUCUCCUCUCAUGUCUGUAACGAACGCCAUCUCGGGUCUGACUGCUGUCGGUGGGCUCUCGCUGAUGGGUGGAGGAUAUGCCCCAUCCAACACUGCAGAAUCUCUGGCCGUACUCGCCGCCUUCAUCUCCUCAGUCAACAUUGCUGGUGGUUUCCUGGUCACUAAGCGGAUGUUGGAUAUGUUCAAGCGGCCCACUGACCCCCCGGAGUAUAAUUACCUGUACCUGCUCCCUACUGGCGUCUUCGUGGGAGGCUAUGGAGUAGCUCUGCACAGUGGCUAUGACAUAGAGCAGAUGAUGUACCUGGGCUCUGGCCUGUGCUGUGUUGGCGCUUUGGGUGGUUUGUCCACUCAGUCCACGGCACGCCUGGGUAACGCUCUGGGUAUGAUCGGAGUAGCAGGUGGCAUCGCUGCAACUCUGGGUGUCCUGAAACCCUCCCCGGAGCUCCUGGGCCAGAUGAGUGCUGCCAUGGCUGUGGGUGGCACCGCUGGUUUAACCAUCGCCAAGAAAAUCCAGAUUUCGGAUCUGCCUCAGCUGGUGGCUGCUUUCCACAGUCUGGUCGGGUUGGCUGCCGUGCUCACUUGCGUGGCAGAGUACAUGGUGGAGUACCCACACUUCGCCACAGACCCAGCUGCCAACCUCACCAAGAUUAUUGCAUACCUGGGCACCUACAUCGGUGGCGUCACCUUCAGCGGUUCGCUGGUUGCAUACGGCAAACUACAAGGUCUCUUGAGCUCCGCCCCACUCAUGCUCCCAGGCCGUCACGCUCUGAACGCCAGCCUUAUGGCUGCCAGCGUGGGAGGCAUUGUGCCCUACAUGAUGGACCCCAGCUACACCAUGGGCCUCACCUGCCUCGGCUCCGUUUCCGCCCUUUCGGCCAUCAUGGGGGUAACUCUGACGGCAGCCAUUGGUGGAGCAGACAUGCCAGUGGUCAUCACUGUGCUGAACAGUUAUUCUGGCUGGGCUCUGUGUGCUGAGGGCUUCCUGCUCAACAACAAUCUGCUCACCAUUGUCGGAGCGCUGAUCGGCUCAUCUGGAGCCAUUCUGUCCUACAUCAUGUGUGUGGCCAUGAAUCGCUCACUGGCCAAUGUCAUUCUUGGCGGCUAUGGAACCUCCUCCACCGGCGGGGGCAAACCCAUGGAGAUCACGGGCACCCACACAGAGGUCAAUGUGGAGCAGACUGUGGAGAUGAUCAAGGAGGCCCAGAACAUCAUCAUUGUCCCAGGUUAUGGUUUGUGUGCAGCUAAAGCUCAGUAUCCCAUUGCUGACCUUGUCAAGUCUCUGACAGAGCAGGGCAAGACAGUCAGGUUUGGCAUCCAUCCUGUUGCCGGGCGCAUGCCUGGGCAGCUGAACGUUCUGUUGGCCGAAGCUGGUGUUCAGUACGAUGUAGUUCUCGAGAUGGAUGAGAUCAACCAUGAUUUCCCUGAAACCGACCUGGUGCUGGUCAUUGGAGCCAACGACACAGUGAACUCGGCCGCUCAGGAAGACCCCAACUCAAUCAUCGCUGGAAUGCCAGUGCUGGAAGUCUGGAAGUCCAAACAGGUCAUCGUGAUGAAGAGGUCUCUGGGCGUGGGCUACGCAGCUGUGGACAACCCCAUAUUCUACAAAACCAACACCUCUAUGCUUUUGGGAGAUGCCAAGAAGACAUGCGACGCAUUGGCUGCUAAAGUGCGUGAAGGUUAAUAACUGGAACACUGAGCAUCUAUGAGGGAAUUAAAAAACACUGUACCCUCUUUUAAGGGAUCAGGGUGUACAAAUUGACCAUAAUCUCCCUUAGACAAAGUAGAAAUGUCGAUGAAGGCUCCCCUUCUUUCCACACUCCCUUCAUUUCCCUUUUAUUCAUGAAGAUUUAGUUAGAUCGUUCCCCAGUAUUUGCUGUUUGUUAUGCCUAAUUAAAUUAUACCAGAAUGUCUAAAAGCAUUUCAACAAUUCAUUAGUCAAGGCUAAGCACAACUUUUUUUUUUUUUUUUAUAUAUAUAUAUAUAUAUAUAUAUAUAUAUAUAUAUAUAUAUAUAUAUAUAAAGCAAGCAUCCAUUUUUCAUACAUUUUUAAGGCAUUAGUUUUUAAGAGGGAACAGUGCAUGAUAGUUGACCAGUUUGUGAAAAAUUGAAUUUUUUUUUUUGUUUUUUUUUUUUUUCUUCUUCUUACCUCAUUAAGGAGUCAUGGAUUUAAAGGAUCAACAUCAGAAAAUUAGACAUAGCAGCUUGCAAUAACGUCGGCAGUGAGAUUGAUUCUCCCAUGUAAUUCGGUAAACAAGACAAACGUCAGCAUGAUGUUCACGUCUAAAUCUCAUGCUGGUCCAUGUGCCACGCCGUCUUGCACCCCGCGUUCAUGGCGUUAGCGCUUGGUGUUUUUGAGUGCUGUUAAUAAUUGUGAGCACUAAGGAAAACACAACAGACCCUACCUCUCGACAGUAUUAAACCUGACCAAAUCAUCCCCUAUGACGAAGCCGAUUUCCCGAAAAGCAUUUCCCAGCGGAUCUUUAACUUGAGCUACAGCAGCAUUAACACACCCAGCUUGUUCCUUGAUUUUAGGCAGGAGGUCUGCUUAAUACAUCUUCACUAUUUCAAGAAACAGUUGGUAUAAUUUUUUUUUAGCGUCCCCCUUUACCCCCCUCCACCCUGCAGUUGAAUUAGAAGAAAUAAGCAAUAAAGCAAUCACAACAUAGGAAGUAAAUAAGGCGGGAGAUAAACCUCUUGAUGGUUUCUAUUUGAUAUUCAGAUGAUCUCACUCCACUUUUUACUAUGUUUAUGUAGAAAUAUUGACGCUGUUAAAUAUUACUUGUGCAAAGUGAAGGUGAAGAGAAAAGCAUUUCAUUGAGUCAUGGUUUGCAGAUUAAACGAGUUUAUGAUGUACAAUGAAGUGUGUUUUUCUCUCUGCAAUUCAUCAUAAAAAGUCACUCUUAAUAAACAUCCAAAAAAAAAAAAA